AUGGCCACCACCGCCACCUGCACCCGCUUCACCGACGACUACCAGCUCUUCGAGGAGCUCGGCAAGGGUGCUUUCUCUGUGGUCCGCAGGUGUGUGAAGAAGACUUCCACGCAGGAGUAUGCAGCAAAAAUCAUCAACACCAAGAAGUUGUCUGCCCGGGAUCACCAGAAGCUAGAACGUGAGGCCCGGAUAUGCCGACUUCUGAAACAUCCAAACAUCGUGCGCCUCCAUGACAGCAUUUCCGAAGAAGGGUUCCACUACCUCGUGUUCGACCUGGUCACCGGCGGAGAGCUGUUUGAAGACAUCGUGGCCAGAGAAUACUACAGCGAAGCCGACGCCAGCCACUGUAUACACCAGAUCCUGGAGAGCGUCAACCACAUCCACCAGCACGACAUCGUCCACAGGGACCUGAAGCCAGAGAACCUGCUGCUGGCGAGUAAAUGCAAGGGCGCCGCCGUCAAGCUGGCCGACUUCGGCCUCGCCAUCGAGGUGCAGGGCGAGCAGCAGGCUUGGUUCGGCUUUGCUGGCACCCCGGGUUACCUGUCCCCCGAGGUCUUGAGGAAAGAUCCCUAUGGAAAGCCCGUGGACAUCUGGGCCUGCGGAGUCAUCCUGUAUAUUCUCCUGGUGGGAUACCCUCCCUUCUGGGACGAGGAUCAACACAAGCUGUAUCAGCAGAUCAAGGCCGGAGCCUACGACUUCCCAUCACCAGAGUGGGACACGGUGACCCCGGAAGCCAAGAACCUGAUCAACCAGAUGCUGACCAUAAACCCCGCCAAACGCAUCACGGCCGACCAGGCACUCAAGCACCCGUGGGUCUGCCAACGGUCCACGGUGGCGUCCAUGAUGCAUCGCCAGGAGACGGUGGAGUGCUUGCGCAAGUUCAAUGCCCGGAGGAAACUGAAGGGUGCCAUCCUCACGACCAUGCUCGUCUCCAGGAACUUCUCAGUUGGCAGGCAGAGCUCCGCCCCCGCCUCGCCUGCCGCGAGCGCCGCCGGCCUGGCCGGGCAAGCUGCCAAAAGCCUGCUGAACAAGAAGUCGGACGGCGGCGUCAAGCCACAGAGCAACAACAAAAACAGUCUCGUAAGCCCAGCCCAAGAGCCUGCGCCCUUGCAGACGGCCAUGGAGCCACAAACCACCGUGGUGCAUAACGCUACAGACGGGAUCAAGGGCUCCACAGAGAGCUGCAACACCACCACGGAGGACGAGGACCUCAAAGUGCGAAAACAGGAGAUAAUUAAGAUCACGGAGCAGCUGAUUGAGGCCAUCAACAAUGGAGAUUUUGAGGCCUACACGAAGAUCUGUGAUCCAGGCCUCACUUCCUUUGAGCCCGAAGCCCUUGGUAACCUCGUGGAGGGGAUGGAUUUCCAUAAGUUUUACUUUGAGAAUCUCCUGUCCAAGAACAGCAAGCCCAUCCACACCACCAUCCUGAACCCGCACGUCCACGUGAUCGGGGAGGACGCCGCCUGCAUCGCCUACAUCCGCCUCACCCAGUACAUCGACGGGCAGGGCCGGCCUCGCACCAGCCAGUCGGAGGAGACCCGGGUCUGGCACCGCCGGGAUGGCAAGUGGCUCAAUGUCCACUACCACUGCUCAGGGGCCCCUGCCGCACCGCUGCAGUGA